GGCCAGCGCUGCCCCAGGUCUCUGCGUCGCUGUGGUUCUCCCGUUGGUGCUGGGGCAGCAGUGGUCCCUGCAGGGUGUCCGGAGCUCCCGGCGCUGCCUCGCUCGGCUCUCCAGCCCUUCCCUGCAGGCACGGCUCACCGUCAUCGCCAGCCGCAGCCUGGAGCGAGUGGUCGAGGCCUCUAAAAAGCUGGUGGCAGCCACAGGGCAGCAGUGCCUCCCUCUGUCCAUAGAUGUCAGACAGCCCCAGACCAUCGCGGCGGCAGUGGAUGAGGCACUGAAGAAGUUCCAAAGGAUUGACAUCCUCAUUAAUGGUGCUGCAGGAAACUUCCUGUGCCCAGCCAGUGCCCUGUCCUUCAACGCCUUCAAGACAGUGAUAGACAUCGACACCAUUGGCACCUUCAACACCUCCAAAGUGCUCUUUGAGAAGUAUUUCCGAGACCACGGUGGGGUCAUUGUCAACAUCACAGCCACCCUGAGCUACCGAGGGCAGGCCCUGCAGGUGCAUGCUGGUGCUGCCAAGGCUGCCAUAGAUGCUAUGACCCGACACCUGGCUGUGGAGUGGGGACCCAACAACGUCCGAGUGAACAGCUUGGCCCCAGGGCCCAUCACAGGCACCGAGGGCUUCCGGAGGCUGGGUGGGAGGUUUGCGGAGGCAGCGCAGCAGUUCGCCGUGAUCCCCCUGCAGCGCGCGGGGAACAAGACGGAGAUCGCCCACAGCACACUGUACCUGGCGAGUCCCCUCUCCUCCUACGUGACAGGCACCACCCUGGUCGUGGACGGUGGGAGCUGGCUAACCUCUCCCAACAACUUUGCUGCCUUGCUGGGUAUUGCCUCAUCCUCUGCUAAACUCUAG